AUGGUAUUUUUAAUACUGAGUGAUAUCUAUAACGACUAUGAAGAAGAUUUAGAUCCAUAUAUACCUCAAAAAAUAGGUCAUAAAUUAUGUUUAAUUGUUCCAUAUCGCGAUCGCUACGAAGAAUUGUCCGAAUUUGCUCCACACAUGGAAAAAUUUCUAUCAGCUCAAAAUAUAUCGCAUCAAAUACUUGUGAUCAAUCAAACCGAUUCAUAUCGUUUCAAUAGAGCAACUUUAAUAAAUAUAGGAUGGAAUGAAGGAGAUCGAAUGGGUUGCGAUUACAUGGUGAUGAACGACGUCGACCUCCUUCCCGUCAACCCCGAAGUGCCUUAUAAUUUCCCAGGCGAAGGAACAAUACGCCAUAUCACUUCACCCGAAUACCAUCCAAAAUAUCACUACGAGAAAUUCAUCGGUGGUAUUUUAAUGUUAACAAUGGCCGAUUACAAACAUCUCAACGGAAUGUCUAAUAAAUACUGGGGUUGGGGAUUGGAGGAUGACGAAUUCUAUUUAAGAAUCUCAGACAGUAAUCUUAAUCUUACACGAGUGUCGGGUCUCAAAACGAACAGCUCAAACACAUUUCGCCACAUACACGGGCCAAAGCGAAAACGGGAUUACGUUCGCAAAAAGGAUGAUAAAGCUCAAUGGGAAAUGAAAAGAAAACGGGAUAGGAUUUCCGGCCUCCACAAUGCCAAAUAUAGUAUAACCGAGCGAAAAUUGAUUAAAUUUCAAGGAACACCGGUGACCGUAAUAAACGUUCGGCUAUUCUGCGAUCUGAAAUGGACGCCCUACUGUAAAUAA